CCCCGCCGGGCCCUGAUUGAAGGGCUGGGGGCGCGGCCGGGGCGGGGAUACGGGUCAAAGUAUAAUACUUGUGAGAAGCUUUGCGCGGUACCUGCUUCAGGGUGCGUGGUGAUAGGGUGCGCGACCAUGCGUAAAGUGGUUUUGAUCACCGGGGCGAGCAGUGGCGUUGGCCUAGCCCUCUGCAGGCGGUUGCUGGAGGAAGACCAUGAGCUUCACCUGUGCUUGGCGUGCAGGAACAUGAGCAAAGCGGAAGCCGUCCGCACUGCUCUGCUGGCCUCCCACCCCACCGCGGAGGUCUCCACCGUGCAGGUGGAUGUCAGCAGCCUGCCGUCAGUGUUCCAGGCCUCCAAGGAGCUCAAGCAAAGGUUUCAGAGAUUUGACUAUGUAUAUCUAAAUGCUGGAAUCAUGCCUAAUCCACAGCUAAAUAUCAAAGCACUUUUCUGUGGCCUCUUUUCAAGAAAAGCGAUUCAUAUAUUCUCUACAGCUGAAGGAGUGCUGACCCAGAGUGAAAAGAUUACUGCCGAUGGCCUCCAGGAGGUGUUUGCAACCAAUGUCUUUGGCCACUUUAUCCUGAUUCGGGAACUGGAAUCUCUCCUGUGUCAUAGUGACAGUCCAUCUCAGCUCAUCUGGACAUCAUCUCGUAAUGCAGUGAAAUCUAAUUUCAACCUUGAGGACAUCCAGCACAGCAAAGGCCAGGAGCCCUACAGCUCUUCCAAAUAUGCUAUUGACCUUCUGAGUGUGGCUUUGAACAGGAACUUCAACCAGCGGGGUCUGUAUUCCAGUGUAGCGUGCCCAGGUACGGUGUUGACCAAUUUGACAUAUGGAAUUAUGCCUCCCUUUGUGUGGACGUUGAUCAUGCCAAUCAUAUGGCUGUUCCGCUUUUUCGCAAAUGCUUUCACGUUGACACCAUACAAUGGAACAGAAGCACUGGUCUGGCUUUUCCACCAAAAGCCCGAGUCUCUCGAUCCUCUGGUGAAAUAUCUGAGUGCCACCACUGGCUUUGGAAGCAAUUACGUAACGUCCAAAAAGAUAGACCUAGAUGAAGACACUGCUGAAAAAUUUUACCAAAACUUACUGGAACUGGAAAAGGAUAUUAGGGUCACCAUUCAAAAAAGCAAAAACCAGAGCUGAAAAUGGUGCUCUCUGAGCACCAUCUUCAUGCCUUCUGUGGAUUCUGGAGCACCUGGGUUUCUGAGUUGGAUGGUGUGCAUUUGUGGUAAACUGUGAGUUCUGAUUUUCUCUUUGUUUCAGAAUUACCUCUAUGACUGUGUGUGUGUUUGUGCAUGUGAGAAAAAGAUUGAUAAAAUAUAAUAUAUUCUUAAGAAUGG